CAAGUGCACUAAUUAUUUGGUCCUGAAAUUUUAAUUUUAAACUAAUUAAUUCGUUAAAAACGUAUACUAAAGUGGUAAAGAAUUAACGUGUUAUAAUUUUGGAUGCACAGCAUAUUGCCUCUGCUCAACUCUAAACUAACGACUAACUGUCAAAAUAAAGUUAUUGCGAAUUACGAAUGGUAGAAUCAAAAUAGAGAUUUGUUGAUUGUUUAUAAAUUCUUUCCUGGUUUCUGUAUUUUAAUAUAAGUUUAUUAAUACUGUAUACCGAAUAAAGGUCAUGCCUGUUGGAAGAAAGCGGUGGAACCUUCAUGAUGGCCCGCAAGGCUCACUGAGGAGGUUAAGGAAUCAGUUGGCAGAGGAUGGAUGUGCUGAAUCACAAGUAGUCUUGGCCAAGCAGCUUUUAGAAGAAAAAUGUGAACUGGAAGCUGAUAAAAUAUCCAACUUCAAACAGGCGCUGGAAUGGUUGAUAUGUGCGACGGAACAAGCACAUCCGGAAGCUAGGAGAAUGUUAAGACGGUGUAUACGCAGCGGGGUGAUAGACGAGGAUAGCGCGGCGAUAGUGCGCGCCAAGUCAUGCCUCGCCGCCAGUCGGCAGGAAAUCGUAGCGCGGAAAGCGGCAAGGGACCUGUUUGCUAGUCUAUCAAACGGCGAGCAAUAUAUUACUACGGCACAGCUGGAGCGUCGCAUCCGGGAGAUCUGCACCACAACCCUCAAGAAGGAUGAAGAGGAUAGUGACACGGCUGAUGAAAACACACAAGAGGAAGCUCGUGCUCUGGACGGGGAACAGGCUUUAGAACCUUCUCUAUUGGAAGCAGGGGAUCAAAUACAUGUUAAUGGCACUAUCAGAACCACGCAAACUGAUGAAGAUUACCACGAGGAAGUUGACCGUAGACAUAUUCGUAACUUGACAGUUGACAAUUUAGUGUCAGCAGCUGUUGAUUACUGUCAAGGAGAAUUACCUCUAGUUAGUUACGAAUUGACCUUAACUGAUCCUAAUAUUAAGGCAUUAGAUCAUAUCCCAUUGUUUCAACAAGCAUUUUUACAUCCAAUAGUUUUUAUUCAAGUGCUUUAUAUUAAAUUAUUAUAUUAUUUCGGUUCUUUCUCAUUUAGACUCACAAAUAUUGAGUUCUCAUUACUUUUGGUAGCUUAUUUAACAACGAAUACAGAAAAUUUAUAUAAUUUAGUACCUUUGAUAUUGUUUUAUGUUAGUUUUGCGGCAAUGGUUAUAUGUACAUUUAAAAUGUUAUUAGCAAAAAGGCAAUUUAUAGAUUUUAGAAAAUGGUCCGGUUUAUUUCUAAGAUAUAGCGACGGUAAUUUACAAACUGACGAAUCUGAAAAUUUAUUUGUUAGAAAUAAUUUAUAUCCAUUUGUGCAAUUUUUUAUAUCUUUACUUGUUAAUUUAUUUCUUUAUCCAUUUAUUUCAACUCAAUGGGUGCCGUUUUCCGAGUUUUGCGUUCUCUCAUUUUGUCUCAUGUUCAUCACUCUAUUCUCAUUUGCAACAAAUGGUAAUUUAUAUCCGGAUGUUUUAGCUUUAAUAUCCUUUGCUAUAAAUGUUUUAGCUAAAUAUCCUUACGAGAAAGACACAGUUGUACAUCAAGGUUGGAGAUUUCUUGAUUUACAUAUAUCAAAUUAUCCAUCUUAUAUAUUAGGGAAUAGUAUCGAAUUUUGUCUUAAUUCUAGAGUUUUUUUCUCUCUAUUAAUACCUAUAAUUUUAUUAUCUAUGGCCAAAAGAAGUGAUUGGCAAGGUUUUUUUAAAUAUACUCUCCCGCAUUGUGUCACUUUGAGUUGGCUCCAAAUGUUUAUAACUUGUUCUCAUGGUUGCACAACAUAUGGUCUGAUACGAGGUACAUUAGCUUUGGUAUGUUCAUUUUUAUUUCUACCUUUAUUAGGUGUUAUAACGGUAACUUUGCCUAUAUUUGCCUUUUUACAGUAUAUCACUUUGUCUAGAUUGUUUUAUGCUGUCACUAUUUUGGUAGGUUUUGGUAUAAUUUUGUUGGUAACUUGCGUUUUAGCGAAGUCUGAAGCUACUAAGAAGUUCGUGACUCCGUUACAGCUAACCAUCGGCCUAAUGACGCUACUGUAUUUUGGUAAUCAAAUAAUUGGUGAUAUACAGGAUGAUGGCUUUCCAUCAGGACUUAUAGAAUUAAUAGGAGAAGAUAAAUCAAGUAUAAAAAAUCUAUUAAAAAAUGAAUUUAUAACAGAUUAUGAAGAUAAUAAUUAUCAGAUAACGUGGGAUGAUUAUUACAGUCAGUGUAAUACGCCAUCUUGGACGGAAACCAAUAUGGCGGACACACAAAUUAGAUGUUCCAUUUUAAAUGGCGCCCAUGUUAAUUGGGAAGGAUAUAUCAGUGAAGUUAGGUUGAUAAAUGUUAGAAAUCAAUUUAGUGAUUUUGCUGCGUGGUUGCCGAGUUUUUUGCAAGAAUAUUUUAAAUGCUAUUACGGUGAAGAGUAUAGCAAUUUAUGUCAGGAUACAAACAGAGCGGAUUCUGUCGGCGGCUGUGAGUUUGUGAAAAGUGUUGCCAGACAGAGCGGCAAGAUUUGCCAUUUGAAUAAUUUGAAUGAAUACAUUCACGAGAUAAAAUUAACAAUGGAAGCUGGCGGUGGUUUAUUGAAGAGACAUGCGGAUAUAUCAAUUAAUUUCGAUCAUUAUUUUAGUAAUUACACACGUUUGUUGCGUACAGAUGAUAAAAUAAGAUUUAAAGGUAUAUUAAUAAAUGAACACAAUACAUAUAAAAUCGGUUCAAAAGAUAUAAAAAUACAAGGGUAUGAAAUAAAUUGUGUCGAAUGUAAAAAUACUAGACAAACCGUAUCAGCACCAAGACCGACAGUAUCAAAAUUAAAUAAAUUAAUAAAAACUAUAAUUAACGAUUGUGUUGUUUCAUCUAAAUAUAUAUUAAAUUUUCUAUUAAAUCCAAUUGUAGUUUUCAAAUGAGAUUAAUUUUGCCAUAAAUUAUGAUUUCAAAUUUGUGUAAGAGCAAUUUUUUUUUUGAUAAAACCCUUUUGUCCAUAAAGUUUAUUAACGCCUUUUUCAUAAUGAUCGCUGUAAUAUAUUUUCAUUUCGAAUGUAUUUGACCAUUAAAUUGUAUAAAAUAUUUUAUCAAUAUGAAAGUUUAGAUUUUAUAGCCCGUCCGAUAAAUCGCUUCCCGAAAUGUUAUACCAACAGUAUUACCACUUUAAAUAUACAGGAUGUCCCAAAAGGUUACGUACAUAGGAAGGGGGAUGAUAGGGAUGGUCACAA